GCUGAAUAAAUAAUUUAAUGGUUUUGCCUAAAUAAAAUGUGAGCUUAAAGUGGGUUUGCAAAAAUAUAACAUUGAACUUUAAAUGUAUUUUUCCUUGUUUUUUAACACAAGCAAAGCAAAAAAAAAGAGAAAAGUAAAGAGAAAUUUAAUAGGCAUUAGAAAUGGCAUCAAACCGUAAACAAAUAGUAACAAUCGACACAAACGUGCCGAUCAUCGAUUUGGUGGAUUGUGACAAUGUUGUGCAGGAAAAUUCGCGUAUGGUCGCAGGUCCACCACCCGUUACCAUGCCUUUCCAAAACAAAAGUAAUAUUGUUGGAAUGUAUCGUUUAAAUUUGAUUGAACUGCCUGAGACGAUAUUUGUGGAAACGAAGUUCAUUACAAAGACUGCAGCCGUUCUUGGGAAAUUUGAAAAUCUCUAUUGUUUCGGCGAGAAUAAAGGUGUAGUAGAAUUUAAAAAAGUUGAGACAAGGGCAACAAAGCCUCCUGCAAAGUCAGCAGUAACAGUUAGCAUGAAACCCACGCCAAUACCCAGUCUCAAGCCUACGUCGAGUAUUGGGGCAAUUAUAACGCCUGUAGGUAAUGUGGCAAUUACAUCAACAGUUACGACAACAACAAUUAAUUUAUGUACAACGCAAAGUAUUAACUUGAGGCAAAAUGUACAAAUUUCGACGAAACCUGUGUACACCAAUGCAAAUUUAGUAAGUGUAUCAAAGCCUACCAAUUUAUUAGCAAAUACUGUCUCUUGCAAUGUUGCUCAGUUGCAAACAAUAAGGAAGUCGAAAUCUAAUAACAAAGAUGCUGAAACCAUGACUGAUGCAAAAGUUCCAUCCCGCAAUAGAAGUCAACAAACAGAUGAUUUAGGACCAAAAACCGUAUCGUUAGGCAUACAAUGCAAUCUUUAUGAUGAGAUUGAAGAGGAUGUUGAAGAAGAGGAAGUUGUCGAUAGUUCAGUUGAAAAGUUAACUCAGCGGGAGGAAGAGGAAGAGCAGUUUGGAUAUUUCGUGUUUCGAAAAUCUGUUAUAUAUCAGAAUGGCUUGCGAGAAUGUGUUAUUUGCGGUGAAGUGAUGAAAACAUUUAGGCAACUUUUACGCCAUAUGUCCGUGCACUGGGGACCCAAGGUUCUAUGCUUUAGAUGUGGCAAACAACUUGAUCAUAAAAGUUUACUGAAAAGACAUUGCUGUUCCGCUACACAAAAAAAUGCGGCAUUUCGCUUGAAGUGCCCUUAUUUUCUAUGUAGUACUGUAGCCAUUUCUCCUUUGGAACUCUAUGAUCAUAUUAAUGAACACUCCAAUUUCAAGAUGUAUGCAUGUAACGCCUGCCUAAAAGGUUUUUGUACUGCCGGGGAGUUCCAACGCCAUUUACUGUUAAGAGCUAAAUGUUAUACAGGUGCAAAGCUUCGACCGCUUCAAGUGUACGGCUUGGACUUAAGCUCUGAUAAGAAAUACCGCGUACGAGUUUUUACUUCACAUACCAAACGGAAAGGUACUCACUUGGUAAAAACAUUUCUGUCGCGACGCCGCUCAUCUGUUUACAACUGCUCCAUAUGUCUCAGGAAAUUUACUAAUCGCUUUGUGUUUAAACUCCAUACACAAAAAUGUUUAAGUUGGUAUAAGGCGCGCUUAACUCACAUAAAAUUAAAGCGAUUAAAGUGAAACAAUUAAAAUACAUAAAAGAUGUGAUUAAGAAAAUAUAAAUUAGAUAGAAUUUAUUGCGACAAAAAGACUA